UGCAUACACGAUACAAAACCAUCACUCUUUUCCUUCCUUCCGUUUCUCUCUAUUCCCUCUCUCUCUCUCAAGCCGUCGCCGUGAGUCCGUUUCUCUCCUUGCUCUCACUGUUGCUCUCUCUAUCCUCACCGUCGCGAUUAAAAAUUUUGCGAUUGACAAUUUCCUUGCACCUCUACCUCUGUGAUCCGAGUCUUCUUCCUAAACUCCAUCUUCCAUCGCCUCACUAGAUUGUGACCAUGAACAUUAAUUGUUUAGGCUGGCCAAGAAGGUGCAAUGGGAACUACAGAGACACCGCGAAAAACUGGCCUUCCUCAAAUUGUUAUACGAGAUAAGGGAUUGAAAUUGGCGGAACACUGGGUUGAUAACAUGACAAAAGGUGCAGAAGAUGAACGAACAGAAGUAGAAUUACAGGCUCGACCUAACAGACUUGGAUUGGGUGCAAAAAUUUCGCGUCAGUCCAAAGUUGGACCUUCAAAUGACCCGCUUGAAAGGAAACUACAUGCCAAGUUAAACAUAGGGAAAAGGAAAGCUGCCCAAAGUGCCAAGGGAUCCACUCCUGCGAGAGAUGGAGGUGAAAAUGAUGAUGACAGUGAAGAGGAUUUAGACAGCAGAACAAGGGCAUUUGACAAGAAGAGAGCAGCUGCUUCUGGAACUGCAUUUUUACAGGCAAAAAAAACUCGGAAAUAAUAAUUUACAGAUGUCUAUGUCGAGUCUUCUAGGGUAUUUUUCUAUUUUGUUCUCUGUUGUAUAAUGUUUAUUAGGACUUGACUCUACAAAUCAAUUCUGUGUAGAAUACUCACCAGGGAUGCUUAUGCUUUGUAUAUGUCUAGCAAUAUAAUUCUGGAAUCUAUUGAGCUGUGCUCCAUUUUAAUGAUGUUUACAUUCAAGGAA